UUCCUGUCCCUCCUGUCUCCCUGGCAUGCCGGUAGCCACAAGGGGUGCUGGGAGUCGAAGUCUUGGUUUCCGUCGUUGUUACACUGUGACGCGUUCGAGGCACUCACUUUCCCAGAAGGCUAAGGGCGCCUGUGGGCAAUCGAUCUUCUCUUGCUGUUCCUGCCGGCAUGGCGGUUGCGGUGUUGCACUUGGUGUCGCCGAUCCGCGUUCUCCUCCAGCGCUGCUGGCAGUGGCUGGAGCGCGGCCGCUUGCCAGCCGUCUGCGGGGUGCAGAGCCCUCUGUGGGGGCUGGCGCCGGGCGUCCAGGCCCCCGCUUGUCUACAGGAGUCGGCAGCGGGCACCGCAGGGAGCGGCGAGGGGCCGGGUCUCCUCGGCAGCGUCUUGUGGAUGGCGGCGCCGAAGAAAAGGCGCAGCAUCGAGGUGAACCGCUGCAGGCGGAGGAAUCCCAGCAAGCUCAUCCCAGUCAAGAGGAACAUAGAUAUUUGCCCCGAGUGUGGAAACUUGAAACAGAAGCAUGUUCUUUGUGGUUAUUGUUAUGCAAAAGUCAAAGCAGAGACUCAACAGAUACGCAAGGAAAUAGGUAAAAAGGAAGGAGGACCGUUUAAUGCUCCUACUGUAGAGACUGUAGUCCUUUAUGAUGGAGAGAAGCCCACAGAAAAAGAUGAAGGCAAGCGGAUCAUUGAGAGAGCCAGGAAGCGUCCAUCUUGGUUUAUUCAAAAUUAACAAGAUAGAGCAUGUUUUUCAAGAAUGUUUUCUUAGUUUUAUUCAGUCAAUGCUGAUACCAAAUGUGUGUGAACUUUUGGGAAGCCUGCUCAAAUUACAUUUCACGUCACACAUUGCUUCUGUAGCAGGCAAUGGGCAAUGCUUCUUGGUGAUAUAUCUAUCACAGCAGUCAACAGUUAAAGAGAAGUUGGGAUAAAUCUUUUUGGACAUCUGCAUACAGUACAGUGACUACUUUGUAUGUUAAUGUUGUAUGCUGUUUUUGUAAAUAAUUUUUUUUUUAAAUUACUAUUAACAAAGGAAAAACAAUCACAGAUGUAAAAUAAAGAUUCCUAAAGAAAUCU